AUCCUCCUUUAAGGUCACGCUGAGGGAUCAGUGGCCCUUUAGGGAGGAUAGCGUCUCUAUUCUCGUUGUUCACGCUGUCAGAGGCUGUUAUCCUUCUACCCUACUUUCGAUAAUGGUUCCGUGGAGCGGCCUGCCCCGUUAGAAACAUGUAAAUCGGCGUGGAACGUGCUCACCGCGGAGCCGAGCGAGCAGCAGCUGUGCGGGUUGGUGGCCGGGAGAGCCCUCAGAGCCCGGUAGCUGGCAGGUUAGCUCGGCAGCUAACUUCGCUAUGUGAACUCCGAGCCUGGAAGGUGGCGAUAAAACAACUCAUAGCAACUUCCCGGUGGUGCAGGUCGCUCUCAUGUGCCCAUGGAGAAGGCGGCCUUUGAGGGGUGGCUAGAGUCCGUCUCAGCCACUUUCCUUAAUCUGAACGACCAGCAGCGCAACCAGUCUCUGGACCAGCUCAUAUCUCUGAGCGGCGCCGCCCAGCUCCGACAUCUGUCCACCGGGCUGGAAACGCUGCUCAAACGGGACUUCCUGCGCCUGCUUCCUCUGGAGCUGGCCUUCUACCUGCUGCGCUGGCUGGACCCUCAGACCCUGCUGACAUGCUGCCUGGUCUGCAAACAGUGGAACAAGGUGAUCAACUCGUGCACGGAGGUGUGGCAGAGCGUGUGCCGCGAGCUGGGCUGGAGGAUCGACGAGUCCAUCCAGGACGCCGUGCACUGGAAAGGCGUGUACCUGAAGGCCAAGCUGCGCAUGAUGCAGCUGAAGGACCAGGAGGCGUUUGAGACGUCCUCGCUCAUCGGACACAGCGCUCGGGUCUACGCCCUCUACUACAAGGACGGCCUCCUCUGCACAGGGUCUGACGAUCUCUCCGCCAAGCUGUGGGACGUCCGCACCGGGCAGUGCAUCUACGGCAUCCAGACACACACCUGCGCCGCCGUCAAGUUCGACGAGCAGAAGCUGGUCACCGGCUCCUUCGACAACACCAUUGCAUGCUGGGAGUGGAGCACGGGGGCCAAAAUCCAGCAGUUCAGAGGUCACACGGGGGCAGUCUUCAGUGUGGACUAUAACGAUGAGCUGGACGUGCUGGUCAGCGGCUCGGCGGACUUCUCGGUGAAGGUGUGGGCCUUGUCCGCCGGCGCCUGUCUCAACACGCUGACCGGACACACGGAGUGGGUCACCAAGGUGAUCCUCCAGAAGAGCGAAGUGGAGUCGGUGGUGCACAGCCCCGGAGAUCACAUCCUGCUCAGCGCUGACAAGUAUGAGAUCAAGGUGUGGCCUCUGGGCCGGGAGAUCAACUGCAAGUGUCUGAAGACGCUGUCGGUGUCGGAGGACCGCAGCAUCAGCCUGCAGCCCCGCCUGCAGUUCGACGGCCGCUACAUCGUCUGCAGCUCGGACCUGGGGGUUUACCAGUGGGACUUCGCCAGCUUUGAGAUUCUCAGGGUGAUCCGGAUCCAGGACCCGGCCAACCUGUCCCUGCUCAGCUUCGGGGAGGUGUUCGCCCUGCUGUUUGACAACCACUUCCUGUACGUGAUGGACCUGAGGACUGAGGCCAUUUCGGGGCGCUGGCCCCUCCCCGCCUACAGGAAGUCCAAGCGGGGGUCCAGCUUCCUGGCCGGCGUGACGGCGUGGCUCAACGGCCUGGACGGCGGGAAUGACUCUGGACUGGUGUUCGCCACCAGCAUGCCCGACCAUAGCAUUCACUUAGUACUGUGGAAGGAGAACGGAUAAAGCCGCUGCCGCCGCCGCCACGCUCUGGACUCACGUCCACUGCCAAGAAACAGCCUUUUUGUUUUUAUCUCCUCUCUCGCUCAUAGACACUAACCACUCACUGCUGCUGCUCUCAAACACCGACACGCGUCCACAGCGGCUGAAGGACGGCCGUCCGGACGGAGCCGGGUGUCAGACGGACGCUUCGCUCAGUCCAGGGAUGACCUUCACCUGAGUCAGUCUGAGACCAGGAGCCUGAAGGCUGCAGACUGAUUCUGACAACAGACUGAGAGUGGCUUUUAGAUUUUAUCAUUUUAAUUUAAAUUCAACCUUUUUUUGGUUUUUAAUUUUAGGUUUUUGUAAUAACGGAGUUAUUGAGAGGUUGUGUUGCGGUUCCUCGCUGGCCGGCUCGGUUUGCUCUGCACUGGGCCGCCGAGCGAACGUCUGACACCCCUCGGCUCAGGGCGGCGAGAAGAAAACGGAGGACACCCCCGCUGGACCCGCCUGGAGGCUGAGAGAGCAGCAGCGCUGCAGAUUCAGACGUCGAUCCCCUGGAUGAGGAAUGUCUGCUUUAGAGGAAAUGUGAUGUGCCUUUUCAGUUCUAACGGUCCACACGAGGAUUUGACAAGCCGAGUGACGUCUGCGUCAGAAAAUCUCUGGUCUGAGAUGUUUGCCUGACGAGGCUCCUGGUCUGUCACACAUCGACUUUAUUUUUGUAGAAGGUCUCAGUCCAGUCAGCCAAUCGGAGAGCAGAGGAAGUGAUGGGGAGCGAGAUGAGAGCUGGCCUUCCUCUGGAGCGGGGGCUGUGAACUCACCACUUCCUGUCCUGGACAGCAGGCGUCCCCGCCGCUCUUCAGGAGCUCAGUGUUUUCUUUCACACAGUCUGGUUCUGCACCGUCACGGCUCUUCUCUUCGCUCACUUUGCCUUUCUCUCAUGUCUGUUUCAAUACCGCAGCCUUUCAAAUAAAUACCAGUAGCAGA